UGAUAUGCCUGCGAUAUAUCGAUAAGAGCUUACGCAUAGAAAAGUAAUCAAUUAAUUCACAGCUGAGCUAUCACUUGUGUGUGUCGUGUGUAUUCCGUCUUAAUUGAAGUAAAUUAAAUUACAUUGCAUUAAACAAAAUGUCCUACGGCGGCGGCUACAAUCCCUACGCUCAGCCUGGCGGUGGCUAUGCUGCUCCCCCUGGCGCAUUUCCCCCACAAAAUGCACAGGUGUCGCCACAAGCUCAGCAAUGGUUUGCGAUGGUGGACAGAGAUCGAUCGGGCAAGAUCAAUUCCGAAGAGCUCCAGGCAGCUCUGAUUAAUGGCCGUGGACAGCAGUUUUCGGACAACGCAUGCAAACUCAUGAUAAGCAUGUUCGACAACGACGCCAGUGGCACCAUCGAUAUCUAUGAGUUUGAGAAGCUCUACAACUAUAUCAAUCAAUGGCUGCAGGUCUUUAAGACCUACGAUCAAGAUGGAUCCGGUCAUAUCGAGGAGGGCGAACUGACGCAAGCCUUCACUCAAAUGGGUUUUCGUUUUACGCCAGAAUUUAUCAAUUUCCUGGUGAAAAAGAGUGAUCCCAAAACCCACAAAGAGGUGUCAGUGGAUCAGUUCAUUGUCCUGUGCGUGCAGGUUCAACGUUUCACGGAGGCAUUUAGACAACGCGACACACAACAGAAUGGCACUAUUACCAUUGGCUUCGAGGACUUCUUGACCGUUGCCAUCGGCUGUUCAUACUGAAAACAGUUCCAGGACUCGUUGACGAUCAACUUGUAAAUCUGAAAUACGCCGCACACACUCAACCAACAGCCUUUACAGAUGCAAAUCUUAUUCCGUGUUUUGUUUUUUUAAAUAUGCAAUUUUAUAUUUUUUAGUGGUGUAUGUUUCGACUUGUUAUCUCCUCCCCAACUCGCCAAUCACUUUUGUAAUCUCCUCUGAAACACAUCUAGUAUUGUUGUUAUUGCAGUUUAAAACACAAUAAGUACAAAAGAAUCACAAUAAAAGUAAUGCAUACAUAAUAUUUAUAUUUGUAAACGUAAAAUAAAUGUGUGUUUUAUUUAAAAUGUGAACAAGUUGAGUACAUACAUAGAUUUAAAAGAUAUAGUAAUACAUGUCUUAAUGUUGUUUGUUUCGUAAUUUGAAUGUUUCUCAGACAGUUCCACUGCCAAUAAAUCAUUCCAGAAAAUGUCUUCGCCUUUUUUGUGGCGUGUAAUUGGAAAUAAAUCGUUCGAUUUCAGUUCGAAAA